AUGGUGGUGUGCGAAGUGGUACGCCUGAGGAACACAACCUCCUGCACGUUUGAAAUCCAGGCCGAGGACAUCUUCCACAGCUCGCCGACAAUUGGCGGGAUAGCUGCCGGAGGGGACUACUUCGAGGCCUCUUUGGUUCAGCUUGUGUGA